AUGACUUCUUCCGAGCAUAACUUGAUGUCAUCAACCCCAGCUCGCCCUGAUGGAUGGCCCCGCAUAACCGAAUCCAGUCCUGUCCGUGACCUCGGCCCCGCAAAUAUGGAUUAUGAACGCUGUGCAGCUCUCCACAACGAUCUUCUGACCAGGGCCGUCGAAGGUGGUGGAGGGAAGAUGCCUCCCAAGCCUCAUACCUGGUGGGAGGCCAUGGCACCUUCCGAGGAGAUUACCAAGACUAUUCACCCAUCCUUGAUUGAGUUCCUGAAGUGCGCUUGGAGUGAGGACAUGCUACCUUUCCACACUGUGCUUUUCCUCUAUGUUGGAGCGCUGAAGUCUCUAGAUGGGUUGCGGGAUCGGGUUUAUUUGUAUGAGGAUGAGGAUGAGGAGGGACGGUUUCUUAAACUGUACAACAGUAGUCACUUCCGACUUGGAGAUGAUGAGGGUAUUCUCUUUGACCAGAAGACCCUGAAAGCAAGCUUUAUUGAAGAUUAUAAUGAUAGCCAAGAGAUUACCAGCAAUGAAUGGGGCUGGAUGCCUCUGGAAGUUAUUCUGGAUUCAUAUCUCCAAAUGAUCGACGAAGGAAAGGUACAGACAGUUUCUAAAGAACAGGGAGAACUACUGUACAGAACCCCCGGUUGCGGUUGUUCAGUAGUGGACCAGUGGGUAAUUUACCACUACACGAAGACAGACCUAGAAAGGGCAAUUACUGCUUUCAAGCGUCUUGUGGAAGCGAUUGAAUCUCGACUCCCUUACAGACAUGAGUCAACUGCUAUUCUCAACUUGCCGUGGCAUGAUCCAUCAACACUUUCGAACAACGCCUUACUGCCCACUGACUCAUUUGCCUAUAAGUUCCUUAAGGCCAUCUCCGACUGCAAAUUCCGAUUUCAGUACAUCGCGCCGGGAGUCCGGUUCCCUACCGUCCCUGAAUUUCAAGAUCAGCCCAUCACAGACUUUGUUACGUCACGGUAUGGGCAGCAUGGACAGUACCUUGGAGACUGUCCUCUACGGAUCUUCCAGAUUGAGAACCCAGAGCAUCAUAGGCAGCCAGGGCCGUAUAACAAGGCUUUCGGCAUUGACGACAUCGCCGCCGGAUUCUACAUCCAUCCUGUUAUGCAGACAUGGCCUCGGUUCUGGACAAAUGGAUGUCAACUUGUCUUACCCUUUGGCAUUGGGCGUUCUGGAUGGGCACGAAAGUCCAAUGGAAGCCAUUUGGGGUAG